UGCACGUGUCGGGGGAGAGACUUUCGCAUUGGUGUCGCCUUGGUGAGCUCGACGCAGCACACGGCAAUGGCGAAUCAGGGCAAUCCACCGGCGAAUCUGCAGCGGUAUGGCGUUCCUUUCUACGCCACCGCUUGGGUUCCUGAAGACGCCGUCAGAUCUAACAUUUCCAAGGAUCCGGAGAAGUCCAAAGAUGGCGAGUCGUCUUCGUCGUCCCGGGAUUACGUCGUUUUGGCCGGCGGUGGUGGAGAGGGCCACAGCGGUAUUCCCAACGCCAUCAUCAUCUCCCAUGUUGAUCUCGCCGCCAACUCUCUGUCGGGACGACCUGUGGCUAAUCAUCUAACUGGCUCUGAUCUGCCUUACCGAAUGACGGUUCAUCCCGGAGGAGAUGGUCUAAUUUGCGGAUUGCCAAACAGAUGCAGAGUGUUUAAAUGGGAAGAGAUUCUGAGCUCUGGAGACAAUGAUCAUGACAGUGAAGAGUCAGAGAGAGUGGUUCAAGAGUUACAAGAUGUUGGACAACAGUUAGCACUAGCGUUCAAUCGUGACGGAUCUGUGCUUGCUACUGGUGGCGAGGAUGGAACUUUGAGAGUCUUCAAGUGGCCAAGCAUGAAAAUGAUACUUAACGAGUCUAAGGCACAUUCAUCUGUUAAGGACCUAACUUUCAGCUUAAGCGGUAAGUUUCUUGUAUCUCUGGGAGCUCCACUUUGCCGGGUUUGGGAUGUAUCUGCUUCUGCUGCCGUUGCCAGUUUAUCCAAGGAGAAGGAUGAGAUUUUUGCAUUCUGUAGAUUCUUCUCACGCAAUGGAGACGAUGAGGUUCUUUACGUCGCUGCAAUGACAGAUCGUGGCGGAAGUGUUAUAACAUGGGACACAACGUCAUGGAAGAGAAAGGGGGCAAAGCAAAUAACUAAAGAUGCUAUUUCUGCGUUUAAUGUAUCACCUGAUGGAAAGCUGCUUGCGCUAGGAACGAUAGAAGGAAAUGUAUGGGUGGUAGAUUCAGGAAGCAUGAGGGUGAAGCAAGUGGUUAAGAGAGCUCACCUGGGGCUGGUGACUGCUUUGACUUUUUCCCCUGAUUCAAGGGGUUUGGUGUCAGCAUCGAUGGAUUCAAGUGCAAGGCUGACGCUGGUGGAAGAACAAAUGGGUGAAGAACAUGGAAAUGGGUGGUGGGUGGCGCUGUUUGUAGUGAUGCUGGCGGUGUUGGUAUAUUUCUUAAAGUCCAGAGGCUUUCUCCUUUAAUUUUGUUAUUAGACCAUAAAACUUAUCUCUUUGGACUCUUGCUUGUGUUACUGCUACAGUGCUACUGCUACCAUUAUAUCUUAUUUGUCAAAUCUGAAUUGACGAUUCAAUGUAAUCACAAAGACCAUCAUCUAA